AUGUUUGAUAUUGAAAUAAUUUUACAAAGAGGAAUAUUAGACAAAAAAAUUUUGAACCGGUAUAGACGUCUUCAAAUACCGGAAAAUAAAAUUCAAGUGACAUAUCUUUGGAUUGAUGGUAUUUCAAAUAUACGUAUAAAGGACAAAAUAAUUGAUUGUAUUCCACAACAAGCACUUGAUAAUCGAUUUGGCGAAGUUGAUGAUUUACCAGUUUGGCAAUAUGAUGGCGGUUCCACUUAUCAAGCUUCAGCAGAUAAUUCUGAUGUAGUUUUAAUCCCAAAAGUCAUAUAUAAAGAUCCAUUCAAAGCUGGAAAUAAUGAUAUCAUAGCUUUAUGCGAAACUUUCCAUUCAGAUGGUAGCCCUACAGCAACUAAUAAACGAAAAGAGUGUACUGAAACAUUCUGUAAAUAUGAAAAUGAAAAAAUGCUAUUUGGAUUCGAACAAGAAUAUACUGUUUUAGGUUUUGGCGGAAGACCAUUUGGCUGGCCAAUAGAUGGUUUUCCUAAACCACAAGGUCCUUACUAUUGUGGUGUUGGUGGUGAUAAAGUAUUUUUAAGAGAUUUAAUGGAAUCACAUAUUAUGGCAUGCCUCUAUGCCGGUAUUGAUUUACAUGGGACAAAUGCUGAAGUUAUGCCUUCACAAUUAGAAUAUCAAACUGGUCCAACAUUUGGAAUUAAAGCUGCUGAUGAUUUAUGGGUUUCCCGUUAUAUUUUACAGAGAAUAACUGAAGAUUUUGGUUUAACAGUAACAUUUGAUCCUAAACCAAUACCCGGUGAUUGGAAUGGUGCUGGUUGUCAUACAAAUUUUUCGUCAAAAUCAAUGCGAAAUGAUGGUGGUAUUAAUGUUAUAAAUGAAAUUAUAUCGAAAUUAUCAAAAAAACAUAAAGAACAUUUGAUUGCUUAUGAUCCACAUGGUGGAUUAGAUAAUAAACGAAGACUUCUAGGUACACAUGAAACAUCAAGUAUUGAUACAUUUACAUUUGGUAUUUCUGAUCGUAGAGCUAGUGUUCGUAUUCCAUUAAGUGUUUCAAAAUGUGGUAAAGGUUAUAUAGAAGAUCGAAGACCAAGCUCUAAUUGUGAUCCGUAUAGUGUUACCAAUGCUAUUAUAACAACAAUUUUUGGUUGUCAUUAA